AUGGUGAAUUUGGUUUUAGAUGCAAAUUCUUGUAGCAGCACUGUGGAGAGUGCCGUGGAUAUUAAGGGCCAUUGUACAGUGUUAACUGUUGGCAACAAUUCCACAUUUACAAAUCUCCAGCCAUAUGCGCAAAAUGCAGAGAACUCGUCUCCUCCUGUCGUCAAUAAUUUUGAUGUUGUAGCAGCAGAAACCGACAUCACCACAGACCAAUCUGCUCUUCUUGCUCUCAAAUCCCAUAUCACUAGUGACCCUCAGAACAUCUUGACCAACUGGUCCACCACUACCUCUAUUUGCAGCUGGGUUGGCAUUACUUGUGGUGCCCGCCACUUGAGAGUUUCAGUCCUGAAUCUUUCUUACAUGAGUCUCACAGGCACCAUACCUCCGCACCUAGGCAACCUAUCUUUUCUUGUUGAGCUGCGCUUAAGAAAUAACAGUUUCCAUGGUACCUUGCCCCAGGAAUUGGCUUACUUACACCGAUUGGAACUAAUUAAUUUUGCAUACAACAACUUCAUCACAGGAGAAAUUCCAUCAUGGUUCGGAUCCUUCCCCAAACUUCGAAACAUUGAUUUGGGUGGAAAUCAGUUUUCAGGAAUACCCACUGCUUUCUUCAACUUAUCUACACUGCAAGUAAUUGAUCUGCAAAAGAACCUACUAUCGGGUGGCAUACCGAGAGGAAUAGGGAACUUAACAAUGCUGAAGGAGAUAAACCUGGACUUCAACAAUUUCAAAGAAAUUCCAAACGAGAUCGGCACUUUAGAUCAGCUGGAGAUCUUGUUUGUGCAGUGGAAUGCCCUAGAAGGGCAUGUUCCUGUGUCUCUCUUCAACAUGUCUUCUUUGUCUACUUUGACUCUAAUAGGAAACAACUUGACUGGUAGUAUUCCAGACAAUAUAUGUCAGCAUCUUCCAAGUCUUCAGGACUUGAAUUUGGCCUACAACCAGUUUGAUGGUCCACUGCCAUCUAAGUUCUGGCAAUGCAGACAGCUUCUUGUAUUAAAAUUGUCUGGAAACAACUUCCAUGGAAGCUUACCCACAAACAUCGGGAACUUGACCCAGUUAAGGGGGUUUUAUUGUGGCUACAACUAUUUGACAGGUACCAUACCACAUGAGAUUGGUGAUCUUCGAAAUUUAGAGAUUUUGACACUCGGGGUUAACAAUCUCCAUGGUCUCAUCCCAUCCAGAAUCUUCAAUAUCUCCACGAUAAUAGUAUUAUCACUUGGUCUUAAUCAGCUCUCAGGUAGCCUCCCAGCAAACAUAGGCCUUGGGCUUCCAAACCUACAACAGCUUCUUGUAGGAAAGAACAACCUCAGUGGAGUGAUUCCCCACUCCAUUUUCAAUGCUUCUAAGCUCACGACCCUAGACAUUGCUGCUAACUCAUUUUAUGGGUUUAUUCCUAGGACGCUCUGCUCCUCAACAAAUUCCUUCCAGUGGCUUAACUUACACACGAAUAAUUUGAGGAUCGAUACUUCUACUCCGGAAGCAAACAUUCUCUCUUGUUUGGCUAAUCUUAGAAAUUUGACGUCAUUAGUUUUGCAAGGAAAUCCAUUAAAUGCCACUCUUCCUGUUUCAUUUGGGAAUCUCUCUUCAUCAUUUCAGUAUUUUGAUAUAAGCAUUUGCAACAUGAGGGGUAACAUUCCCGAUGAUAUUGGAAACUUGAACAGCUUGAUAUUCUUAGACCUGCGAAACAACCAAUUCAAUGGAUCAAUUCCAAAAACAAUGGGAAGACUGCAGAAUCUCCAAGGUUUGUAUUUGAAUGACAACAAGUUGCAAGGACACAUCCCAUCUGAACUUUGUCAACUAGGCAACCUAGCUGAAUUAGUUUUGGGUGAUAAUCAACUCUCUGGUUCUAUACCUUCAUGCUUAGGCAAUCUAACUGCAACAUUAAGAACUCUAUCCUUACAGUCCAAUUUCUUAACUUCAACAAUACCAUAUACCUUGUGGGACCUUACAGAUAUAUUGCACCUAAACUUGUCAUCCAAUUCUCUGCUAGGACCUCUGUCAGAAGAUAUUGGAAAAUUGAAAGUUGUGAUAGAUAUAGAUUUAUCAAAUAACAAUCUGUCCGGAAAAAUACCAAGCAGCAUUGGGGGUCUUCAGAAUAUGAUUAGACUCUCCUUGGAAGAUAAUAAUUUAGAAGGCACCAUUCCCAGUUCAUUUGGUAACUUGCUAAGCCUAGAACUCUUGGAUUUAUCCAGAAACAAUCUGUCUGGAGUGAUUCCGAAGUCUCUUGAAGCACUCUUGGGUCUCAAGUAUUUGAAUUUGUCAUUCAACAGACUCCAAGGAGAAAUUCCAAAAAGCGGACCUUUCGAAAACUUCUCUGCUCAAUCAUUUGUCUCAAAUGGUGCACUCUGUGGUGCAGCUCGGCUCCAUGUUCCAGCAUGCAAAAAUAGUACACUUCAACCACAUUCAGAGAAAGCUAGUAAAUCCCCCUUGAAGUAUAUUAUUCCAGGGGUCAUAUCAGCAAUUCUCUUAGUGGCCACCGUGUUUGUGUUGAUACUACGCAGGAAAAGGAAUGUGAAAGCUGCCACAGAUACUACCCUGUUACCCCAAUUUGUGAGAAGAGUUUCACACCAUGAACUUGUAAGGGCGACAAAUGGAUUUAGUGAAAGCAACUUGCUUGGUGCUGGGGGUUUUGGCUCAGUAUAUAGAGGAACACUUUCUGAUGGGACAGAUGUUGCUGUGAAGGUUUUCAAUUUACAGCUACAAGGGGCUUUCAAGAGCUUUGUCAGGGAAUGUGAAAUGCUAAGCAAUAUUCGACAUCGAAACCUUAUCAAAAUCAUUAGUUGUUGCAGUCAAAUUGAUUUCAAAGCCUUGGUACUGCAAUACAUGCCUAAUGGGAGCCUUGAGAAGUGGUUGUAUUCGCAAAACUGUUGUUUGAAUAUCCUGGAGAGGUUGAAUAUAAUGACAGAUGUUGCGUCGGCAUUGGAAUACCUUCAUCAUGGUUAUUCAAUACCUAUUGUCCACUGUGAUUUGAAGCCGAGUAACAUACUACUAGAUGAUGAUGUGACUGCACAUGUCGCCGAUUUUGGAAUUUCAAGACUCUUGGGUGGAAGAGAUUCUAUGACCCAAACUAUGACUCUGGCCACAAUUGGGUAUAUGGCUCCAGAGUAUGGAAGGGAAGGAAUAGUUUCAACAAGAGGGGAUGUGUAUAGUUUUGGUAUUGUGCUUAUGGAAACAUUCACAAAAAGGAAGCCAACAGAUGAGAUGUUUGCUGCGGAAAUGAAUUUAAAGCAAUGGAUUGCAAAUUCACUAUUACCAGAUGCAAUAAUAGAUGAAGUUGUGGAUGCCAACUUACUUAGGACAGAGGAAGAUGAUGAUGAUGACGAUGAUGAUGAUUUUGUGAGCAAGAGGGAUUGUUUAUCAUCCAUUAUGAGAUUAGCCCUAAAAUGUUCUGCAGAAUCACCAGAAGAGAGGAUAAGUAUGCACGAUGCCGUAGCCACACUCAACAAAAUCAAGAUCAAGUUUUUUAAGGGCGCAGGAGAUGUCAAGCGUUAGUUUUGGUUCUCUUUUGGUUUUC